AUGGACGGCCUGCUUGCUCUGCGUAUCUACCAAGACAUCGUUGGCAUUAUUGGGAUCCUGGGUAAUGGUUUAGUUUGCUUCGUCAUCUUCAAAGUACGAUCAAUGCAGACGCGUACAAACGCCUUUAUCUUUCAUCAAGCAGUCAUUGACUUCUUGAGCUCUGUGGUUAUUUUGCUUAAGAGUGAGCUCUUGCUACCGUAUCCUAUUCAAAAUGGACCAUUGGGAUGGUUCAUUUGCCGAUUAUGGUUUACUAACUUAACACUCUUCUUUUUCUUUGCGUUGUCGACGUUUAACCUGUUGGUGUUGACUAUGGAGAGGUAUUUUGCUAUAGUUCACCCCUUCAAGUACCAGGCGGCGUUCAUCACUUGGCCUAGGCUGAAAGUUGCUUUAACAGUUGUGAUGUGCUGGAUUCUUGAUUUGGCUACUAAGUUUUAUCUUCUUUUCUACGCAAAAGUUGAAGAUGGCAUCUGUGUUCGGAAUUCCAUUCCAGGAGCCAACAUUAUUGGCACUCUUGUUGUUAUCCUUCAAUACGUCGUCCCAGUUGCUGUGAUGCUCUUCGCUUACAUUCGCAUCAGUGUGGAGAUGAAGCGGGGAGCAGCCCGUGUCGGCCCGGCACCAGCCCAGCAUCUUCCCGGUGGAGCAAACGCACCGGACAUGGCCGAGUCCCUCCUCCGGGCAAGACGUAACACCUUCAAGAUGCUCCUGAUCGUUUUCAUCACGUUCUUGAUCUGCUGGACGCCGAACCAAGUAAUCUUCUUCAUGUUUAAUCUUGGCAUUAACAUUAAGCUGAAUGAAUGGUUUUAUUAUCUCUCUGUCGCAAUGGUUGCCACAAACUCUUGCGUCAACCCGAUGAUUUACGCUUUCAAGUACCGUCAGUUUCGUAAUGGAUUGCGUCAGAUAUUUUGCAAGAGAUUUGAGCAAACUAAUGCUUUGGAAUAA